GUUCUCUUUCAAAAAUGGAUAUGGGCAAGUACUGGUGGGGUUCGCGCAGGGAAGUAACUCCAACCAUCCGGUUAGGCCGCAGCUACACCUACUACGGCGGCUACGCUAAACCGCACCCCCGGGGAUAUUGGUCGGGAAGCCAUGGCAAAACAAAACCGACAGUGUGGCAGGUGCUUCUGAGAAAACUCGGGUUCAGGAGAGAUCGAUCGAAGAAAUUGUCGAAGUCUCGUGGCGGCAUGGAGGGCACUUAUAAUCAGCAAACUUACUCCUUGAAUUUCGAUCAAGGAUUGGGUUGGAUGGAAACCGACAACCUCUGUCGUUCCUUCUCUGCUAGGUUUGCCGUUCCAUCCUCAAGAAUUUUCCCUCCCACCCAUUUGUUGGAUUGUUGAGCUCACAUUCUGCAUAUGAGUUUGCCAUUCUUUUUUCUUA